AUGAAGACACUGAAGACACACCUCUUCUGUGUGAUGACUGCAGACAAGAUUUGGCCAAAUAAAGAAACUAGCGUUAUAAAGAAGGAAGACGAGACUGUGACCCUCAGCUGCUCAUAUGAAACAGACAGCAGUUAUGUUUACUUUACUGUUGAUAUUUUGCUCUUUUCAGGUGUGAGUUUUGGAGAUGAAAUCACACCAGACAGCACUGAAGAGUCUGCUGCAGAGGGUUCAACUGUUACAUUAUCCUGCAGUUAUUCAUCUGCAGAUUCACUUCUCUGGUACCGUCAGUAUCCUGGAUCAGCUCCUCAAUUUCUUGUGCUUAAAAUAGAGAGUGUGAAAGACACUAAGACAUCAGAGGUAGAUGGCAGGUUCUCUUCUAAGAUCAGAAAAGAAAAACAAGCCACAAAAGAGAUCAAACGUGUGGAUCUGAUCAUCUCCUCUGCUGCAGUAUCAGACUCUGCUCUGUAUUACUGUGCUCUGAGGCCCACAGUCACAGGAAACACUGUAACUCUGUACAAAAACCUGACACAACUGAAAAGGCAUAGUGUGAUGACUGCAGACAAGAUUGGGCCAAAUGAAAAAACUGUUAUAAAGAAGGAAGGCGAGACUGUGACCCUCAGCUGCUCAUAUGAAACAGACAGCAAUAAUGUUAGACUUUACUGGUACAGACAGUAUCUUAAUGGAGAGCCUCAGUAUUUAAUAUGGAAAAAUGCUCGGUCAUUGAGUGGUACUGGGAACCCCUCUGAUCCUCGCUUUCAGUCGACCACAUCACGUACAACCACUGAACUCAAGAUUAAUGGAGUAACUCUGUCAGAUUCAGCUCUCUAUUAUUGUGCUCUGUUGGAGCCCAGAACAAACACAAUGAUGCUCCAAUCUGUCAUUCUGCUUUCUGCUUUUGCAUAUGCAGCACAUGGAAAUGAAAUUAAACCAACCAAUACAGAGGAGUUCGCUGUCGAGGGUUCAAGUGUUAAAUUAUCCUGCAGUUAUUCAUCUGCAAAUACUCUUUACUGGUACCGUCAGUAUCCUGGAUCAGCUCCUGAAUUCCUUGUGCUCAUCUCAGACGGUACAAAACAAGCUCAGGAGUCUUAUGUAGAUUCCAGAUUCACUGCCAAAGUCACUAAAGUCAAAGAAAACUCUGUGGAUCUGGAGAUCUCCUCUGCUGCAGUAUCAGACUCUGCUCUGUAUUACUGUGCUCUGAGG